GCACGUAUCUUAUUGUAAUAACAAAAAAGAAAAAAGUAGGUGAGAUUUUCAGUCAUGCAAUCUGGAAAGCAACAGACUUUGACAUCCUCUCCUACAAAAAGACCAUGCUGCACUUAACUGAUAUUCAGUUGCAGGACAAUAAAGUAUUUUUAUCAAUGCUUAGUCAUGUCUUGAGCGUGGAUGGAUUUUACUUCUCAACAACAUAUGACCUAACACACACUCUGCAACGGCUAGCCAACACGAGCCCAGAGUUCCAGGAAAUGAGCCUCCUAGAGAGGGCAGAUCCACGGUUUGUAUGGAAUGGACAUCUUCUUAGAGAAUUUGCUGCUCAACCAGAGAUCCAUAGGUUUGCUAUGCCUGUGAUGCACGGAUUUAUCACUAUGCACUCUUGCUCUAUUAAUGGCAAGUGUUUUGACUGGCUCCUUGUUUCCAGAAGAAGCUGUUUCAGGGCUGGUGUACGCUACUAUGUAAGAGGUAUUGAUUCAGAAGGACAUGCUGCUAACUUUGUUGAAACGGAACAAAUUGUGCAUUACAAGGGGAGCAAAGCAUCGUUCGUUCAGACCCGUGGAUCAAUUCCUUUUUUCUGGUCUCAAAGACCAAACCUCAAGUAUAAACCAAAGCCACAGAUCAGCAAGUCAGUAAAUCAUAUGGAUGGCUUCCAAAGACAUUUUGACUCACAAAUUAUUAGCUAUGGAAAGCAAAUGGUUGUCAACUUGGUUAACCAAAAAGGUUCAGAGAAGCCUCUUGAGCAAACAUUUGCGAAAAUGGUAAACAGCAUGGGAAAUGGAAUGGUCAGAUACAUAGCAUUCGACUUCCAUAAAGAGUGCAGUCGGAUGAGGUGGGAUCGACUUCAGAUUUUGAUGGAUCAACUAGCAGAACAGCAAGAUGAGUUUAGUUAUUUUCUAGUCGAUUCCGAUGGUAAAAUUGUGACUCAGAAAGGAAUAUUCCGCAGUAACUGCAUGGACUGCCUUGAUCGGACUAAUGUGAUUCAGAGCUUGUUAGCACGCCGAUCUCUUCAAGCCCAGCUUCAGAGGCUAGGUGUUCUGCAUGUUGGACAGAGAAUUGAAGAGCAAGCAGACUUUGAGAAAAUCUACAAAAAUGCGUGGGCUGAUAAUGCUAAUGCUUGUGCCAAACAAUAUGCUGGAACUGGUGCCUUAAAGACAGAUUACACAAGAACUGGGAAGAGAACUCAGUGGGGCUUAAUAAUGGAUGGAUGGAACUCAUUAAUACGUUACUACAAAAAUAACUUUUCUGAUGGAUUUAGACAAGAUGCGAUUGAUCUUUUUCUUGGAAAUUAUUCAGUGGAUGAAGUAGAACCUGCUAGUCCUCUACAUGUCAAGAAAGAUUGGAAAUUCUUAGCUUUGCCUAUUAUUAUGGUGGUUGCUUUCUCCAUGUGUAUUAUUUGUUUGCUAAUGGCUGGUGAUACAUGGACUGAGACACUGGCCUAUGUGCUUUUCUGGGGAAGUGCGAGCUUUGGAACUUUUGCUAUCAUCCUUUACAACGGCAAGGAUUUUGUAGAUGCACCCAAGCUGGUCCAGAAAGAGAAGAUGGACUGAAUUUGUGUGUGUGGAAAGCGGCUUGGUACUGAGGAUUCCUCAAGCCACACCUGGAGUCUCUACUGACCUGCUUUCCACACCAAAUAGUGGUCUUAAGAUUCUUCCUUGGCAGUGUGGGGGUGGGGGGGAAAGAAAAUUGUGUCCUUUGGUGGUAGCUUUCAACUGAGACCUGACUCUACAGUCUUAGUUGCAAUGGUCUUUGGAAUACUGCAUUAGUGGAGGGGGCUCUGCUCUUACUGAGGCAGUGCAAAGAUGAAAGCCAGCUUUUCCGUGUCUGGAAUGUUUUAGGGCUUAAGUGGACUGCUUAAGCUUAUAGUCCACCUGGGCUGUUUCAGCUGAAUUUUUGGUCCCUGGCUUGACAGGAGAGAGCUCUGAUGCUGUUCAGGUGUCAAAAAACCCAGAUGUUGAAGCAUUAAUAAUGGAGCUUCUAAUUGUGGUCUCUGAACAAAUAUGGCUGCAUACCAAUAAAAAAAAAAUCUAGUUCCAAGACUUACAGCUGGAUUACAUUUGUUGUGAUAAAGUCCACGUUAAGGAGUCCUUUGUGCAUAUUUGUGUGUGGAUUCUUUUCACUAAAUAUAAAAAAAUUUUGAAUCCUAAUGGUCUUCUAAAAUGAGCUUUUUGUCCUGUCUUGUUUAUCUAGGACUGAUGCAAUAUUCUACUAAUCAUUGUUUGGGUGAAAGGACAGUGUAAGUGGAUGUUCCUGAAGUUGCAGAUGUCUUGCACUGUUUCAAUACUACAGUCUCCAGAUGAUGAUUUGUUAGUUAGCAAGUUAAAAUACAGAAUUUUCUUUCUAAAGCUGUAAAUGAAAUCAAAGAAUGUAAAAAUCCUUUGCAGUGUUUAUUGAACCUUCCUUAUGCUAAAGGUCCAAAGUAUUCCAUUACUUUUAAGAAUGGGUCACAAUGUAAAAGGUGAACUUCACAUUGUUUUGCUAGUCAGCUGCUUCUGUUCUUGGUUAUGUUUAAAUUAUUUAUGAAAGAAGGAAUAACAACCUGAGGAGAAAGCGUUCAGUCUAAUCUUCAUGUUUGCACUUGGGAGCAGCAGCUUGCUUUUCAUGCAUGAUACUGUAACACACUCUUUAAA